AUGGACACCACAACGGUUUGGACAGGAGGUUGUCGGAGCUUCCUCAUGGACACAGAGGACCAUCUCUGCUUUCCACAGCAGCCCAACAUCUCCUGCCAGAGGCCCUCAUUUAAUUGGUCUGAAGCUAUUCUUUUCAGAGUCGUGCUGCCGCUGGAAAGCAUCCUCACCAUGCUGCUCAACUUGCUCGUCAUCAUUUCAAUCUCCCACUUCAGGCACAUGUUCUUUUUCUGUAAGCCUCACGGUGCUGCAAGGCAACUCCACACCCCCACCAACCUCAUCCUCUGCUCCCUCGCCGUCUCCGACUUUCUGGUGGGCUUGGUGGCGAUGCCAGGUGAAAGCUAUGUCAACACAUCCUGCUGGUUUCUUGGUGACGUUUUGUGUUGUCUGUGGAAUUACAUGCUUUUUAUUUCCGCGUCCGCCUCUGUGGGAAACAUGGUGCUGAUAUCAGCUGACCGUUACGUGGCUAUUUGUGACCCGCUGCGCUAUACCGUCAAAGUUACCAUGAAAAGAACUCAACUUUGUGUUGGUCUCUGUUGGUUCUUUACAUGUAUCUACUGUGGCAUCAUAUUUAAGGACUACUUGGCUCAUCCUGGAAAGUUUAACUCCUGCCGUGGAGAGUGCGUCUUGGGUUUUGAGUCUUAUGGAGGCAUCCUGGACAUGGUCAUGAGCUUCAUCCUUCCUCUUAUCAUUAUCAUCACGCUGUACAUAAGAGUGUAUGUGGUUGCGGUGUCUCAAGCGCGUGUCAUGCGCACUCAUCUCGCAUGCAGCAAAGUAAAACAGUCCGUAAGAGUAAAAAAAUCCGAGCUGAAGGCGGCCAGGAAUCUCGGUGUUCUGGUUCUGGUCUUUCUGUUGUGUUUUUGUCCGUAUUACAUUGUCAGUUUGAUGGCCGAUGAUGGGACUCUGGCUUCACUGGCCCAAUCUCUUCUUUAUUUGUAUGACUUCAAUUCGUGUGUGAAUCCCUUUAUCUACGCCUUGUUCUACCCGUGGUUUCAAAGAGCCAUCAAGCACAUUGUCACUCUGCGCAUACUGAAGCCUGGUUCUCGUGAGGCCCACAUACUGUAGUCAUGUUUAAAACGCUGACACAUUUUGGAGGGACAUUCUGUAGAAAGGCUUUAAGUCAACAUCGCAAUUUUAUAUCAAUAUUGUGUCCAUCAUUAAGAUUCUGUCAUUUAAAAUAUUGUUAAAAUGCAAAAUCCUUUUGUCUAAUGUUUCUGAGUUCUUUUACAGUAUUGUCUAGACUUAUCCUGCUCAAUAAAUCAUUGGUCCGAUAUAUAACGAGCAAUCAGGAAAAUAUUAAACAUUUGUUUUUAGUGUAUGCUGUUAGACAUUUGUGUAUACAAAUGUACAGUAGGUUACUAGUACAUUGUUGCAUGUGUUUUUUUGUAUUUACUUUUAACUGCGUGCUGCCAAGAAAUUAA